AUGGAGCCUUCGGUGGCUGCGGUGCCUGUAGCUGACGACGCCGGGCUUCCUGAAGGUGUGUGGAAGGAAACUCUUUCCGAGCCCACCGAUUGCAUCGCCCGACCAAGAGCUGGUGAUGAGGUCCAUAUCCAUUUCAGAGGGUUUUUGCCCGACGGCACGGAGUUUCACAACACCCAUCUUCAGUCGGGCGAUUUUCAAUUCACGCUCGGCGAGGGCGAGAUCAACAGGGGCCUUGAUCUUGGAAUUGCAACCAUGUGCAAAGGGGAGCGGGCAAAAUUUAUUGUGGGUCCAGAGUUCGCAUACGGAGACGGUGUUCCUGGCAAAAUCCCGCCACAGGCAACUCUAACAUUUGAGGUUGAGCUGCUGUGGUGGAGAAGGACGAAUUCCCUGACUUCUGACGGAGGCGUCGUGAAGGUGGUUCAGGUAGAGGGUACAGGCUUCAAGAAACCCUAUCCUGGGUGGACGAUCAAGCUGCGGUACGCCGGGUAUGUGGAAGGGGCUGAAUUUACAAGAAGCCCGGCAGAUGGAGUUGAAGCCAACGUUUCAGGGCCGAACCCCCUGGAGCUGCCGGAGAAAACCUGGCAGCUUGUUGUGACGUCUAUGUCGCAGCACGAGAAGGCCACCGUCACACUGACACCGCAGUAUGGGUACGACGGCACUUCAGCGUUCGAAUCCAAAGUGCCGCGCAACUCCACGGUGACGUUGGAGCUGGAGUUGCUGGAUGUGUUCCUCGUGAAGGACUGUGGCUUGUUCCAGAGAUGUGGAGAGAAAAACUUUCCACGGCUGAUGAAGAGGCAGCAGAUGGAUGGUGAUGCUUCCAAGAAGCCGAACAACUUGUCCCAGAUCUCGGCAGUCGUCAACGGCAAGCAGGUGAUGUGGGAAUUGAUUGCUGGACAACGUUGUGAAGCGGUGGAAUGUGCUGUGCUGAGCAUGUUCAAGGGCGAGAAGUGUGUCGUUGUGGCAGAGGACCCCGCGAUGUGUCAAGACGACGAGCUGGGGCUUUGUCCUAGUAGCGGCCCCGUGGAAAUCGAAGUUGAACUAAUCGACUUCCAGAGGACUCCGGACACUUGGGACCUCCUGCCAAUGCAUCGAGUCGAAAAGGGCAAACGGCUGAAACAACGUGGCGCCGACUUCAUGAAAGCCAAAGACUUUCGACGUGCUUGCUGGGUGUACAGGUCCGUGCAGGAUAUGAUGGGCUACGUGGACGAUUGGCCAGAGGAGCUACGCUCAGCUGGAGAUGAGCUUCGCCAGACCUGCCGCAGCAACGAAGUCAUGGCUUGGCUGAAGCUUGAACAGUUCCGCGACGUAGUGGACCUCUGCACUGAGAUUCUCAACGGAGGCGGAAUCAGUUCGCCAGAUCCCGGCAACGUCAAGGCACUGUUUCGGCGAGGUGUUGCGUACCUCAGCGUAGGAGAGCCAGAGAAGGCAAAGCAUGACUUCCUUUCUGUGCUGGAGCAUGAGCCACAAAACGCAGAAGCGAAGCAGCAGCUCGCCAGGGUUCGCUCCUCUGAGAAGGACCAGGCGAGAAAAAGCCAGAGCUUGAUGAGAGGAAUGAUCAGUGAGGCUGGGAAGUUGGACUAUCCCGUGGGCUACACCACUGCAGAAGGAGAUCGGGAAAGACAGCGUGACGCGAUGUUGGACAAAGUCGACCAGAUCAAAGCACAAAUGCCUCUCACCUUGUAG